AUGGAAGAAGCAGUGGAGGAUUCUUGCACACAAGGAGAUAUUAAUAAAGUUUGGCUGGUGAGAAAUAAGAAGACGAUAUAUAAAGACGAUGAUGCUAAGACAAGGAUGAAGAAAGUACGAGAGAAGAUAGUUCAAGAAAAGGCUACAGUUACGGAGAACAGGUUGAGUCCACCCUUACAUCUGGCAAGUGAACUGAAGACACCUUACACACCACCGGAGAGAAUUUACAGAGAAUUAGGGAACUUCGCUUCAAGAAAAGAAAGCUUAUUACAUCCAUCAAAAGUGGAAAUGCCACUAGGGAUAAGCAAGACGCCAGACAAAAAUGAAGUUGUCGAGAUGAUCAAAAACUGGAGAGUAGGAGAAGAGAAUAAUCCAGAUCACAACGAUACUUCAAAAAACAAGGGUCAACAACUAAAGAAAGAUAACGUAGCGACUGAAGAAGUGGUUGAUAUCAUAAAAGAUUACAGAACAACAAACAAAAUCAAAUAUGUUCAGUAUCAAGAAUCAGACCACAAUGGUAGCUUGGUAGACAAAUUGAUGGAAGUGAAAAAUGUCUUCGAUCAAACGUCCAACGAAAUGGAAUGGGAAAGAAUCAAUACAGAGGCCCUGCAUUUAGUGAGUGAAGAGAACAAUAUAAAAUCAUUGGAGAAAGCUAAAGCAUGGGCAAUGGAGAGAAACAAUUUUUUCCGAUUAGGACAAAAAAUUAUCAGUUUAGCAGAAAAAACAAAAAUAUUCCAGGAAUAUACAACCCUGAACGAUAAUUUUAAACAAAGAUUGGAGGAUGAAAAUAGAUACCAAGAUGAAAAGAAAAUUGGAGAAAAGAGACCAAUUUUAGAAUCGCUGAGCAAAUGGAGCGAGAUAGAGGACGAAGAAGAAAGAAACAAAGCUUUCACCGAAUUAUAUAAAGAACGAAGGCAACGAGAGCAACUCCUAUCUUUUUCGCCAUCACAAAACGAAGAUACAGAAGAAGAAGAGGAAAAAGAAGCAGAACCUGAAGCAUCACCGUCAAAGAAGAAAGGUAAAAAGAAGAAAAAGGGUAACAGGAAGAGACAAUAA